UCUACAAAAGAAAAUGAGAAAGAAUGAAGUUUCUUCUUUUCAUUCUCUUGAGGCAACUAAUAAUGCAGCUACAGCAGAGAUUCUUUUUCAUGUUUUCAAUAAUUUCCUCUAAUCAACUUAAAACUAUUUGAAAUUUGACAAUAGUUUGUAUUUCUUCCAGUGGUGUAACAGCUUUAACACGUUUAGUAAUUUGACUAUUUUUUUAAUAAGUUACCAAUAAAUAUUUAGAAGCUUCGUCUAUCGUUGUGCUCUUCUUUCUAUUGUACACUAAAACCAUAGUCAAUGUUCAAAGUUUCUGCCAUAUACAAAAACUAAUUCUAUAAUAAGAAACAAUUAUAGUAUUAAUUCGUUUGCUUUCCAGCGUUACCACUAUUGAAUUCUUUGUAUUGGUCACCAUCUUAUUUGCCUAGAAUAACAAAUACACACUUUGAACUGUAACUCUCUGUAUCUGUUUGUAGAACAUUUCAUAUAUAGAAAUCGGUGUUACUGCAGAUUUGAUGUUAAAGUUUUAUAGAUUACUUGAACUGCAGAUGUCAACUGUUAAAAAGCAUUUACCGUCAGCUUGUUGUGCGCAGAAAAGGAAGCAACAGUGCUCAACAGAAAUCGUCUCUAAAAUUAAUCGUAGGAGACGUGAUCUAUACAAGCAGUUAUCAGUUGAUAAAAAAGAAUUGCUUUUAACACGCCGGCGAUCAAAAAAACUUGAAUUAAAAAAGGGUUCGACUGCGCUGCUUGAAUAUACCAAACAAGCUGCUGGGUUUGAGCUGCAUACAGAAAAAACUCUGACAAUAGUCGAGGCACCAUGCAUUGCUGGGAAAGCAGGUAUAUCUUCAGCUGUGGGGGCAGUAGUUGAUUGUCACAAAGGAAAAAAUAUUGCUGAUCACUUCUCCAUUUUUGAACAUGGUUCGACCUCUGGUGCACCCUGUGACCGACAUCAUGUAGAGACAUCUACUGUCAUAAACAAAGGUUCUAAAUCAAAAAUAAUAAGUUGGAACUGGAACAUUAGAGAACUACCCACUGAUGCAACCAUUUUAAAAACUGUACCAGAUUGUAAAUAUUGUGGAGCAAAAAGAUUUGAAUAUGAGCUACCGGCAUUUUGUUGUAGCAAUGGUUCAGUUAAGUUGACGUCACAUGAAAUGCCUAAUGAACUCUUGAAUUUAUAUUUAGGCAAUACCGAAGAAUCUGAACACUUCCGUACCUACCUUAGAUUAUACAACAAUAUGUUUGCAUUUACUUCCCUUGGGGUGCACUAUGACAAAGUACUAGCAAAAAGAAACCAAGGAAUUUAUACAUUUAGAGUACAAGGUCAAAUGUAUCACUUUAUAAAUGAUUUAAUUCCAACAAAAUCGGCGACCAAGAAAUUUACAGUUGUAUUUUUACGAUGAGAAUGCAGAAAUAUUAAAACGAAUGGCUUCGUCGGAUAUACUUCGACAAUCAAUUGUUCAGAAGCUAAUGAACAUACUAAAGAUAAAUCCUUAUUGUAUCUUCUUGAAAUCUCUAAUACAUAUUCCAGAAUUAUCAAACUUUUAUAUUGCAUUGAGAUGUGGCUCUGGCUUAGAUCAACGAGUAUAUAAUCUGCCAACUGUGUCAGAAGUAGCAGCAUUAUGGCUAGAACAAGAAAUGAGCAAUAAUAGUUUUACACCCCAUAUUUGAAUUUAUACUCACAGUAACAAAAGCCAAUUAGUAAAUUACUAUUAUUGUUGCUCUGAUCCUUUGCAAUAUCCACUUUUAUUUCCUUAUGGUCAAAACGGCUGGCAUUGCGGUAUUCCAAAAAUCGUACAACCUAGAAUUAAAUUGAGAAAGCGAGCUUACUAUGAGACUGAGCAGCUUCCGAGUGUCUCUAACAUGUGUUCAAUUGAUGGACUACUUGAUAUGGAAGCGGAUGUCCUGCAAAAGGGGAAACAAAAAAGAAAUAAUGUUUCUUGUCGUGAAUACUACUAUUACAAACUCCAUAUGAGAGACAAUGAGGAAAACGGAGUUUUACAUUCUGGUAGAUUAUUUCAACAAUAUUCAGUUGAUGAAUUCAUAAAAGUAGAAACUCAAAGAUUAGAUUUUGCCUCAUUUAACCAAGAUUUAUUUCGAAUUGAUGUACUACAAGGACUUUUAGAUAUCUUGAGACUUGGCGAAAGAGAAGCUUCUAAGAUAGGAAAACAAAACUUUCUUCCAACAAGUUUUACGGGUGGUCCGAGAGAUAUGCGUCAACGUUAUAUGGAUGCUAUUGCGUUAGUACAGCAUUUUGGAAAGCCUGAUAUAUUUCUGACCAUAAAAUGUAAUCCCUCUUGGCUUGAAAUAAAGGAACAUUUGCUCCCAACAGACGAAACUCAAAAUAGGCCUAAUUUAAUUAGUCGAGUAUUCAGAGCAAAGGUAGAAGAGAUGAAAACAGAUAUAUUAAAAAGAAGCAUAUUUGGAAAAGUUGUCGCCUUUAUGUACAGUUUAGAAUUUCAAAAACCCGGUCUUCCACAUGCCCAUUUUCUUGUUAUACUUACUGAUGAAUACAAAUUAUUAACGCCCGAGGCUUAUGACAAAUUUGUUUGUGCUAAGUUGCCUGACCCUGAUAUAUACUCAUACUUACAUAAGCUUGUCGUUAAACACAUGAUGCAUGGGCCUUGUGGUCAUUUAAAUCCCACAAAUUUAUGUAUGAAAAGAAAUGAGUGCAAAUUUAAGUACCCCAAGAGUUUCGUUGAUGAGACGACGAAAGAAAAGAACUCAUACCCAAUUUAUAGAAGACGAAAUACUGGUAAAUCUGUGAAAGUUAGAAAACAAUUUCUUGAUAACUCAUGGGUUGUUCCUUACAACCCCUAUCUGCUAUGUAAAUACAAUUGCCAUAUAAAUGUAGAAGUUUGCUCCGAUAUUAAAGUUGUGAAAUAUAUAUACAAAUAUAUCUUUAAAGGACAUGAUAAGAUAUCAUUUGGCUUACAUGAAGAUAACACAAAUAUACAAAUAGAUGAGAUAAAAGAGUAUCAAUCUGCUAGAUGGGUGUCACCUCCAGAAGCUAUGUGGCGCUUAUUUGCAUUUCCUAUUAGUGAAAUGACUCCGAGUGUUUACCACCUCCCAUUACAUCUUGAUGGACUACAAUUUGUCUCUUUUAAAAAAAGACACAAUAGAUAGUAUCGUGAAAAAUCCUAUGAUCAAGAAGACGAUGCUGACAGAAUUCUUUUUGAUGAAUGAAACAAAUAAAGAUGCUAAAGAGCUUAAAUUAAUGUAUAAAGAUUUUUCACAACACUUCGUAUGG